CCCCAGGCGCGCGACCUGGACGGCACCUGGGACCCAGAGGCUGGAGAGCGCUGCGGCGCCCGCGACCCCCACGCAGAGCCCCUGCCCCCGCUGCCCCGCGGGCCAUGGACGUGUACCGCACCCCCGCCGCCGCGCUGGACGGCCUGGUGGCCAGCAGCCUGCAGCCCCCCGCCGAGUUCGUGGGGACCGUGCGGCGCGCCCUGGGCGACCUGGGAGCGGCCCUGAGAGAGCUCAGGGGACGACCCGGACCCGGAGCCGCUGCCCCUGCGUGGCGGGUGCUGAAAAUCGCCAAGGGAGGCUCCUCUGGCCGGGGCACAGCUCUGAGGGGUGGCUGUGAUUCCGAACUUGUAGUCUUCCUCGACUGCUUCAAGAGCUAUGAGGACCAGCGGGCUCUGCAGACAGAGAUCCUCAAGGAGAUGAGGGCGCUGCUGGGAUCCUGGUGGCAGAAGCCGGUCCCUGGUCUGAGCCUUGAGUUUCUUAAACAAGACACGCCCGGGGCCCUCCAGUUCCGACUGGCAUCCACAGACCUUGAAAACUGGAUGGACGUUAGCUUGGUGCCCGCCUUUGACGCUCUGGGUCAGCUCAGCUCCAGUGUCAAACCCAAGGCCCAGGUCUACGCCACCCUCCUCGAAAGCGGCUGCCAGAAGGGCGAGCACGCGGCCUGCUUCGCCGAGCUGCGGAGGAACUUCGUGAACACCCGGCCGGCCAAGCUGAAGAGCUUGAUCCUGCUGGUCAAGCACUGGCACCGCCAGGUGUGCCCGAAGGCGGGGCGGAACGAGAUGCCCCCUGCCUACGCCCUGGAGCUGCUGACCGUCUUCGCCUGGGAGCAGGGCUGUGGGAAGGAGGCCUUCAGCCUGGCCCAAGGCCUCCGCACCGUCCUGGGCCUGAUCCAGCAGUACCAGCACCUGUGUGUUUUCUGGACCACCAACUACAGCUGCGAGGACCCUGCAGUGAAGAAGUUCUUGCAGCGCCAGCUUGAGGGGCCCAGGCCCGUGAUCCUGGACCCGGCUGACCCCACGUGGGACGUGGGGAACGGGGCAGCCUGGCGCUGGGACCUGCUGGCCCAAGAGGCAGAGUCCUGCUAUGACCGCCCGUGUUUCCUGCAGGCCGCAGGGGGCGCUGUGCAGCCCUGGGAGGGGCCCGGCCUUCCACGCACUGGGCGCUCCGGUGUGGACCACCCCAUCCGGCGAGACCCUGCCCAGAGGACCCCCACGGGCAGCAGCAGUGUGGAUGCGGGAUGCCCCAGGGCAGGGGACAGGCGGCCCGCCUGCCCCGCUCCCGGCCCCUCGGUGGACGGCACCGCCCCCGGUACACCGGAGGGGGUCCCGGGUCUGUCUCAGGUCCCCACCAAGGAGCUGGACCGCUUUAUCCAGGACCACCUCAAGCUGAGCCCCCAGUUCCAGAAGCAGGUGAGCAAGGCCGUCGAUGGCAUCCUGGGCCGCCUCCGGGAGAACUGUGUCCACAAGGCCUCGAGAGUCGGCAAGGGGGGCUCAUUCGGCCGGGGCACAGACCUCAGGGGUGGCUGUGAUGCGGAACUCAUCAUCUUCCUCAACUGCUUCGAGGACUACAAGGACCAGGGGCCCAGGCGGGCGGAGAUCCUCGCUGAUAUGCGGGCCCAGCUGGAAUCCUGGUGGCGGGAUCCGGUCCCCGGCCUGACCCUGAACUUUUCAGAGCAGACCAUGACCGAGGCGUUGCGGUUCCAGCUGAUGUCCCCAGCCCUCGCAAGCUGGGUGGACGUGAGCCUGCUGCCGGUCUUUGAUGCCGUGGGGCAGCUCAGUGCCGGCACCAAACCGGACCCCAAGGUCUACCGGACUCUCCUGGACAGCGGCUGCCAGGACGGGGAGCACGCGGCCUGCUUCGCCGAGCUGCGGAGGAGCUUCGUGAACUCCCGUCCGGCCAAGCUGAAGAACCUGAUCCUGCUGGUCAAGCACUGGCACCGCCAGGUUGCUGCCCGGGACAAAGGAGAGCGGCCGGCCCGUGCCUCCCUGCCCCCAGCCUACGCCCUGGAGCUCCUGACCGUCUUCGCCUGGGAGCAGGGCUGCGGGAAGGACCGCUUCAACACGGCCGAAGGCCUGAGGACCGUCCUGGGGCUUGUCCAGCAGCACCGGCAGCUCUGUGUCUUCUGGACGGUCAACUACAGCUCUGAGGACCCAGCUCUCAGAGCGCACCUCCUCGGCCAGCUCCGGAAACCCAGACCCCUGAUCCUGGACCCUGCCGACCCCACCUGGAACGUGGGCCUGGGCAGCUGGGAGCUGUUGGCCCAGGAAGCGGCCGCCCUGGAGACGCAGGCCUGCUUCAUGAGCGCCGACGGGACGCCCGUGCAGCCCUGGGAUGUGAUGCCCACGCUCCUGUACCAGACCCCAGCCAGGGACCUCGACAAGUUCAUCAGUGACUUCCUCCAGCCCAACCGCCAGUUUCUGGCUCAGGUGAACAAGGCGGUUGACACCAUCUGCUCCUUCCUGAGAGAAAACUGCUUCCAGAACUCGCCCAUCAAAGUGCUCAAGGUGGUCAAGGGCGGCUCUUCCGCGAAGGGAACGGCGCUGCGAGGCCGCUCCGAUGCCGACCUGGUGGUGUUCCUCAGCUGCUUCGGCCAGUUCACCGAGCAAGGGAGCAUGCGGGCCGAGGUCAUCUCAGAGAUCCGAGCCCAGCUGGAGGUGUGUAAGCGGGCGCGGCAGUUCGAGGUGAAGUUCGACCUCCCCAAGUGGGAGAAUCCCCGCGUGCUGAGCUUCUCGCUGACGUCCCAGACGAUGCUGGACCAGAGCGUGGACUUCGACGUGCUGCCGGCCUUUGAUGCCCUCGGCCAGCUGGCCCCGGGCUCCAGGCCCCCGCCUCAAGUCUACGUGGACCUCAUCCGCAGCUACAACACCCCGGGCGAGUACUCCUCCUGCUUCACAGAGCUGCAGCGGGACUUCGUCGUCGCUCGCCCCACCAAGCUCAAGAGUCUGAUCCGACUGGUGAAACACUGGUACCGCCAGUGCAAGAAGAUGCCCAAGGGGAAGGGCUCUCUGCCCCCCCAGCACGGGCUGGAACUCCUGACGGUGUAUGCCUGGGAGCAGGGGGGGCAGGACCCCCAGUUCAGCAUGGCCGAGGGCUUUCGCACUGUCCUGGAGCUGGUCACCCAGUACCGCCAGCUCUGCGUCUACUGGACCGUCAACUACAGCCGUGAGGACCUGACCGUCAGAGAUUUCCUGGAGCAGCAGCUUCGCAAGCCCAGGCCCAUCAUCCUGGAUCCGGCAGACCCGACAGGCAACCUGGGCCCCAAUGCCCGCUGGGACCUGCUGGCCAAGGAAGCUCAGGCCUGCAUAUCCUCCCUGUGCUGCAUAGGCAGAGAUGGCACCCCCAUCCAGCCGUGGCCAGUGAGGAGCAAACCCACCCGGCGCAUGCAGGGGGCACGCCUGACCUCCAGUGCAGUCACGGUGUCCCUCUCAGUCCAGGACCAGCACGGAAAACAGAAAGCACUCCGGAAUCGGAAGUGGAAAGGGAUUCCGUCCAACCCUGGACCGGCGGGAGGAGGCUGGGGCCACCUGGAUGCUAGUUUCGUUAUUGGACCACCGCGGCUGGAUCAGAGGACGCUGCUGCUCUGCCCACCGCCUCCCCCACAAACUGUCGCCCCGGCAGGCAGGCAGCCAGCAGCAGCAAUGAGCAACUGGCUAUCCGCAGCAAUGGGCAACUGGCUAUCCUGGCUGUCCGGCGCCUGCCCAGAAACGGUGUACUCGGUACCUGCUCAGAAACUGGAUGAGUAUAUCCAGACCUCACUGAGGCCGACUGCAGACUGUCAGAGACAGAUCGAUGAGGCCGUGGACACCAUCUGUGCCACCCUGCAGGAAGCCACGGAGCCUCCCACGGUGAUAGAUGUCGCCAAAGGUGGCUCCUACGGCCGGAAAACGGUCUUAAAGGGCAACUCCGAUGGUACCCUUGUCAUCUUCAUCAGUGACCUUGAAAAAUUCCAGGAUCAGAAGGAAAACCAACGUGAAAUCCUCGACAAAAUCUGGGAGCGGCUGAGAGCUUGUCAGCUCGAAAGGAAGCUGACAGUCAAGAUGGAGAUGCAGAGGUCCUAUGUUGGCCUCACCAUCCGGCUGUCCACACGAUGGCAGAGCGUCACUUUUGACGUGCUGCCCGCCUUCGAUGCUCUGGACUUGAGCGGCAAGCCCAGCCCCUCGACCUAUCGAGACCUCAAAAGAGCCUUGGACCAGACAAAAGCCAGCCCCGGUGAAUUCUCCGUCUGCUUCACAAAACUCCAGGAGGAUUUUUUUAACAACCAUCCCAGGAAGCUAAAGGAUUUGAUCCUCUUGGUAAAGGCCUGGCAUCGACAGUGCCAGAAACUGUGGGGGGAUCAAUCCCUGCCACCCUCGUAUGCUCUAGAGCUGCUCACCGUCUAUGCCUGGGAAGAGGGGUGUAGAGAGGAAGACUUUGACGUAGUUCAAGGCCUCAGAACUGUCCUAGAGCUCAUCGAGCAGCGGGAGCAGCUGUGUGUCUAUUGGACAGUCAACUACAACUUUGAGGAUGAGACCGUCCGGAACGUCAUGCUGAACCAGAUCCGAUCAUCAAGGACAGUCAUCUUGGAUCCAACUGACCCCACCAAUAUGAUGAGCAACGAUGAGACGUGCUGGCGACUGCUAAAAGCAGAAGCUCAAAACUGGUUAUUGUCUCUCAGCCUGAGAGGGUCACCUGGACCAUCUUGGAAUGUUCUGCCAGCACCGCUCCAUGAGACCCCAGGCCACCUUCUGGAUAAAUUCAUCAAGGACUUCCUCCAGCCCACGAAAACUGUCAACAUUCAGAUCAAGACAGCUGUUGGCAUCAUCUCGAAGUUCCUUAAAGAAAUCUGCUUUCGGCAUUCAGCUACAAAGGUCCAGAAGCCCAUCAAGGCAGGGUCCGUCGGCAAAGGCACCGCCCUCAGGACCGGCUCUGACGCCGACCUCGUCGUGUUCGUGAACUCGCUGACAAGCUUCCCCUCCCAGAAAGCCGAGCGCUACAACGUCAUCAAGGAAAUCAAACAGCAGCUGGAAGCCCACCAGCAGCAAGUGACCGCCCAGGACGUGGAAGUGACGUUUGAGAUUUCCAAAUGGGAGGCUCCCAGGGUGCUGAGCUUCUCUCUGAAAUCCAAACAUCUCAACGGGAGCGUUGACUUCGAUGUGCUGCCGGCAUUUAAUGCGCUGGAGAAGCUGGGACCUCUCUGGAAAGUCUACACCAAGCUCAUCGCUCAGUACGAACAGCACGCGGACACCCCGGGGGGCGAGUUUUCUGCCUGCUUCACAGAGCUGCAGCGAGACUUCGUCAGCUCCCGGCCCACCAAGCUAAAGGGUUUACUCCGCCUGGUGAAACACUGGUACAAGCAGUGUGAAAGGAGACUGGAGAAAAAGGGGUCACUGCCCCCCAAGUACGCCUUGGAGCUGCUCACCAUCUACGCCUGGGAGCAGGGCAGCGGGGCCACAAGUUUUGACACCGCCCAAGGCUUCCGGACGGUCCUGGAGCUGGUCACCCGCUAUCAGCAGCUCUGUGUCUUCUGGACGGUCAACUACAGCUUCGAGAAUGAGACUGUGAGGAACUUCCUGCUGAAGCAGCUCCAGAGACCCAGGCCGGUCAUCUUGGACCCGGCCGAUCCCACCGGCGACGUGGGUGGAGGGAACCGCUGGUGCUGGCAUCGUCUGGCGAACGAAGCUGCCGAAUGGCUGUCCUCCUCCCUCUGCUUCAAGGACGGAACUGGAGGUCCCGUCCCAUCGUGGAAAGUGCCGACGGUGCAGACACCGGGAAGCUGUGGGGCUGGUGUCAGUCCUGUCAUCAACGAGAUGUUCUCGUACAGAAGGCGCAGAAUCCUAGACUGAAAAUGCUCGGAGAAACCUCGAGGUCACCUGACAAGUGCUUUUGAAGAAUCAGCUCACUGUGUAAACGCGUAUCCCAGAUCCCUUCUCCCCACCCCCCACCCCCAAACGCCUUCCCUGGUUUCUUGGACGCCUCUUCAAAUCAAGACUGCCAGGUCCUUCCCAGAAAGUCUCGGACGCUCUCGCCUUGCUGGGCUCUCACUCCGUGAGUGGCCUGCUUUAUUAAAAGUGUUUGCUCUCAUCCGUAUUUUUCCCAUUAGCUCCUCCUUUUUCCUUCAAGUUUUAGAAGCGGAUCCUCUCCAUCUUCUGAGCGUGAAGCUCUUGACCUGCCCCUUGGUUGCCAUAAGUCAGUGAUCUUGCUUUCAUAAUCUCCCACCUCACCCGCCUCCCUCUGGGCGCAAGCCCUGCCUGUGCCUGCUGAUCGGAGGCCUCCUAAGCCAGUAGUAAAUCAGCCUCUUCAAGAUCUCAAACUCUCCUAAGCCUUGGAUUACAACGUUUGAGAAAUAUUUAUCUCCUGUUUCCUCCUUCUGAGCCUACCCUAGUCCCCCACCCAUGAGUAUCUUCUUGCCAAAUCUAAAGGCUCUAUCCUCUGGCUUUUUCUUCAAAGGUACUUGAAGAUCUAAGUGUUUUAACCUCAUAUGUAUCCUCUGAAAGUCUUAUUACUGUCAUGUAUGCCAACUGCCAUGUAGUAAACGAAAAUUCUGGCCCUGGCUCAGUGGUUAGAGCGUAGGCCCUCAGACCAAAGGGUCGUGGGUUCGGUUCCCAGUCAAGGGCACGUACCUUUGUUGAAGGUUCCCCACCCCUGGGGCAUGUGUGGGAGGCAACCAAUCGACGUGUCUCUCUCCAAUGUUUCUCUCUCUCCUCCUCCUCCCUCCCUUCCACUUUUUCUAGAAAUCAGUGGGAAGAAGAUCCUCGGGUGAGGAUUAAAAACAAACAAAAAAGAACAUGUCUGGUCUUUACCCCUAGUUCCUAGCACAGAGUUUCAAAACCCUUGCAGUUUCCUAUAGGAGCGUCUUGCAUUCAUAAUGAGCCCCUGCCAGCCAGCCAGGAGUUUAUGCUCAUGAGGUCUGGCCUCUUACAUUUCAACGGAGGGGUUGGCCAUGACAGAAAGAGGAAGCCAGAAAUUAGAGGAUUGAACUCCCAAGAGGAGAGAGGGUUGGAGACUGAGCUCAAGCAUGUGGCCAAGGAUUGAAUCAAUCCUGCCUCUCUGAUGAAACCCAAUAGAAACUCUGGGCGGCCAGGCUUGAGCAGCUUCCUGGCCGGUAAAUGCAUCGAUGUCUUGAGAAGAUGGCACAUCCUGACUCCACGGGACAGAAGCUCCUGUGCCCAAGACCCUUCCAGACCUCACCCCAAUGUUCCUCUUCACCUGGCUAUUCCUCAGUGCCCUUGACAGUAAAACGGUGACUGCAGGUAGAAUGCUUUCCUG